ACACUCCCACACAGGCUACCCGCCAUCCAAAAGCGCUGAGAGAACCUUCGUGGAGAUGGCGGAGGGGUGGUCACGAGUGCGUUGUCGUGCACCAGGUGCAGGAGAGGUGUCACUGUCAGAAGAUGCUGGGAUGGUACCAUCUGGGAGGAGGAGCCUGAAGAGAGAGUUGAAAGCCCUGUUGGAGGAUCAGGCUAGGGCAACCUAUGACUCUGGGAGACAAGGAAGAAGAGAGUCGGCGGAGGUUCCCAAAGAAAGCAGUCAAGUAAUUGACAAUGAUGGAGAAGACAGUCUUGAUCCAGGAUUCUUUGGGAGAGGAAUGGGGAAUGAAUUACGGAGUAUGCUGGAAAGAUUUCAAGGAGACUUGAAAAAGGUUCUUCGUUCAAAGAGAAAACAGUUCGUAACAGAAACCAAUGCUGCCCUCAGAGCCAUUAACCAGAAAAUUGGGAAUGCUGUGAAAAAACAGCAAGAGCAAAGGCUGAAGUUUUAUCAUGGAUAUUACGAGCAGUUUCUGACUUUGUUUUGGGAGUGGAAUAGAGAUGUGCAGAAAACCAAGAAAGAAGAAGAAAAACUGAUUAUUUUGUUCCACAAGCAACGAGAUCUUUUUCAAAAAGCUAGGACUGUUCAGAGCCAGAGACUGAGAAAAAUUAAAAACGUAUAUGACCAGUUCUUAAAGGAUGUGCAGUCCUUUGAGGAGAAUCAGAGCUGUCUUGCUACCAAUGAAGGAAAAGAAUUUAGACAAGAAAUGGCCAAAUUGCGAAGGAAAAUCGUGGCGGAUGUUCAACGGCAAGAACUGGCAAAUAUUCGAAAGUCUCUUCAAUGCCUGCUAUUAUGAAGAAAGAACUUGAACCAAAGUUAUGUGAUAUGAGUAUAACAUUAGCUACAUUGCAGUGGUUUACACAUUUCUAGUUGAAAUCAGUACAUCUUGUUUACCAUCAGCUUGUCCGUUAAGUGCGAGAACAUUUUUCUGUUAAUGAAUCCUAAACAGUUAUGUGGGUAGCAGCAAUUCCACAGUUAUGUGUAUCAAGCUUUCAACCCUCUGGUAGCAAUGGAGACUUUUUCUCCCUAACACUGUCAACUAACCUUUAGCAUUAAGUCGAUUUAAUUUUAGGUUUUGGCCCCAGCAAGUCUGUAUCAAUAAUCCCCAAAGGUGGAAAGCACAAGUAUGGAAUGUUGCAUUGUUCUUCCUCAUGGGAAAAAAGAAUAAAGAAUACAAAAUCUUCUUUA